CCCGGUACUGUUCGUGGUAAUUAUCUUAACAUCAAGUACAUGGCGUCGAGAGGACCAACACGACCAGACUCUCGUUCAGUCAUUACCUAUUAUCACAAAUUUCUACCUGUGGACGAUGACCUAGGAGAGUUAUUGACAGAUCUGACGGGAUGGCGGGAAAUUUGAAGCAUGUCGUUAAUAUGGCAAACUCCAUUGUUGGGGUGUCUAUCCUGUCCAUGCCAUACUGUUUUAAGGAGACUGGCCUGGUGCUGGGUAUACUCCUGGUGCUGCUGAGUGGAGUCGUGACCAAAAAGACGUGCUUGUUUCUGGUGCGUUCGGCGAUCAUGGCGCGCAGGAGGAGCUAUGAGUUUCUCGCGUUUCAUGUGUUUGGGGUGAGCGGGAAGUUGUUUGUGGAGGUGUGUAUGAUCCUCUUCCUGGUGGGGAUCUGUAUAUCCUUCCACGUGGUGAUGGGUGACCUCGCACCGGCCAUAGUCGCCCGGCUGAUGAACGUGGAAAACUCGCCCCCUCUCCGCUGUACGCUACUUAUUGGCAUAGCGCUACUGGUGGUGCUGCCGCUAUGUCUACUGCGGAACUUAGACAGCCUGGCCUCCAUGUCCGCCUGUUCCAUCGGCUUCUACUUCUUCCUCAUCUUCGUUAUUUUUUGGCACGCUUUCCCGAGGUUAAUGGACGGAUCUUGGUACCAUGUGGCUGAACUGAUGCGGCCGUCGGGUGCACUCCAGGUCCUACCCAUCUGUGUGCUGGGGCUGUCAUGCCAGAGCAACGUGUUCGAGAUCUACGACUCCAUACCUGAUCCCGACGUGCCCAAGAUGAGGUCGGUAGUGAACCAGGCUGUCAACCUCUGCUGUGCUCUCUACAUCAUGGUUGGGUUCUUGGGUUACGUGGCCUUCGUUGAUCAGGACCUGGCGGGUAACCUCAUCCUCAAUUUCCCGAACUCUCAGCUGACGGAGGGGAUCAAGGUCUUCUUCACGGUGUCCCUGGCCAUAAGCUUCCCCCUGAUGAUCUUCCCGUGCCGAACAUCCAUCCACUCCCUUCUGUACCGACGGCAACAAGUUCCAAUUGGUGCUCAUAGCAGUAUUUCACAAGAGAAUAACCCGUCCAGCUUCGACUUGGUGGGGAACUACAUGCCAGAGGCGCGCUUCAAAGGCAUCACCCUCGGCAUCCUUACCACCAGUCUAGUCGUGGGCAUCCUCAUCCCUAACAUUGAGUUUGUGUUGGGUCUACUGGGGUCAACUAUGGGGAUGCUGAUCGCUCUUAUUCUUCCCUCGAUCCUGUUCAUCAAAGUCAACUCCAAGGCUUCGGCUGAGAGACUCUUGGCGCAGACCAUCAUGCUGGUGGGCAUUGUGCUGAUAGUAACAGGAACGUACCUUAACCUGGCCCAUAUAUACAAGGUUCAGGCGGAACAGACAGAGGUUGUCAUCGCGAACAUGAUCAAGAAUGACUUAGAUCCCAACCUGCCUAACAUAGAGAAACAAAUAUCCAAGGAGGGAAAAGCUGCCGAGGCGGUGCCGGCGGGCGGGGACUCGGCCACCAGGAGAGAACCCGUGGCUCCUGAACCUCCUCCAGAAGACUUGGGGAUAAAGAAAGAGGAUAAAAGAGUGUUGGUGGACAAAGAUAAAGUAGAGGCAAAAGAGACUAAAGGUGAGAAAAAUAAUGCACAUAGUUUAGAUAAGGAGGAAAGUCGGAAAGAAGUCAUUGAACAGCGUAAAUUGGCCGAGGAGAAGGAAGAGAAGAACGAGGGGGAUACAUUACACCCGGACGCCAUACAGAAGGAAGAGAAGGUAAAUAAGGAAGAGGGAAACGAGAAUAGGAAAGAAGAGGAAGUGGACAAGAAGAAGGCAGAGUUACUUGAAAAGAUGGAGGUGCAGCAUAAGGAACAGCAGCAGCUCCUGGCUGUCUUACAGGAGUCAAAACAGAUCCUUCAGGAACUAAAAGUGGCCAAGAAGGAACAAGAUCUGAAGAGGCAGGAGGAAGAGAAUAGAGCUGCUGUUAUUAUUCCUGUUCCAAAUGUUGUUCCUGUUGAGAAAUCUUUUGCUGGAAAUCUUGCUGCUGGAAAUCCUGCUGCUGUUGGAAAUCUUGCUGCUGGAAAUCCUGCUGCUGUUGGAAAUCUUGUUGGUGUAAAUCCUGCUGCUGUUGGAAAUCUUGCUGCUGGAAAUCCUGCUGCUAUUGGUGUAAAUCCUGCUGCUGUUGGAAAUCUUGCUGCUGGAAAUCCUGCUGCUGUUGGAAAUCUUGUUGGUGUAAAUCCUGCUGUUGGAAAUCCUGCUGCUGUGGUGAAUCCUGCUGCUAUGAAACCAGGGACUGUUAAUGCUGCACCAAUUAAACUGGCUCCUGCCAUAGCUAUUGCUGGAAAUUCUGGAGGUUUGGGUAACAUGCAAAAUCCAGUCAUGGGUCCAGCAGCCUUACGAAACACAGGUGUAGGACAGGUGGACAACUUAGUCAAUUCAGCACUGCCAGCACCACAGGGUAACCAAGUCUAUAACUACCAGGUGAUUCAGGCAGCGGGUAAUAAUGGCGGUCUGCCUAUUUAUCCCAACACUGGUAAUCAGAUGGUAUAUCAGGUACCCCAGGCUUCGAAUGUAGGUGGUGCUCCUGUGGGUAAUGAGCCGGUAUAUGCAGGUAACCAGCCUCAACCUGUUGUUCAAGUCAGUAAUAACAAGGACCAGGUUCCUCUUGUUGCUGGAGGUGUCGUGGCAGGUAUCGGAGCCGCUGCCAAAGAGGAACUUGCUCCUCCAGUCCAACAAGUACUUCCAGGAAAUCAACCACAAAACCAAGUUCCUGUUGGUGAAGAUCCGAUGAAACCCAAAGCCGAGGCUCCAAUAGUUGAGCUACAGGAGAGAGUUCAAGAAACAGUGAAGGCUCAAGGUCCAGCCCUUCAGUCACAGGGAAAACCUCAGAGUCGCAUAGAGGAACCUGCCAAGAAUGUACCCGACCCGGCACGUCAAAAGGAAUCUCCAUUAGGUAAGUCACGGGAUACAGCUAAAGAGAAGGACACAAAGAAAUCAACUUCCGUUUCUGAUAACAAGAAUCAAGUGAAUGUUGGACAGAUCAGAGCGCCGGUCAGCAGCUCACCCAAUAUAAAGGGCAUGAAAGACUCCCAAUCAAUUAAUAAUAAUAAUUCUCUAUCAUCAAAAAAGAACAGUAAAAAUAAAACUAACCAAAAGAAAAUAAACCACGGCGAAGACCGACGCAAGCGAGACGUUGAUGAAAAUUAUUUGUUUAAUCUCCCAGAAGUUGACCUUUUCAAGGAGAUUAAGUCGAGGGACAGCAUAGAUGUGGCCUACGACACUCGCCACCUCCUGUGGAACAGUCGGUCGAGGAGGAAAAGGAGAAGGAACGACAGAGAGAGGGACGACUACUAUUGGGAUGAAACAUAAUCUGGUUUUCCUUCAUUCCCAAGUUCUCCUCAUCUUAAAGUUGUGUAAAUAUAAUUUUUUUAUUUUUUGGUAAUAAAGUCUUUUUUUUUCAUUACGAUACAUCAACUUUGCUGAAUAAUAUUUAAACAAAAUGUUUGGUUUUACUUGUAGUGGAAACGUAAGUGUUGCCUUUUAACCCAUAUUGUUGGAUACAUAUUUGUAACAAGGAGACCUUAUACUGUACAUGUAAAGCUUUGUAAGUAUUGACAACAAACUAUUCAGAAUUUGUUUUGGCAGCCCUCACUAUCUGAAUGGGUAAGGCUCCUUGAAAACCAUUCAGAUAUCACUAAAAGGUCUCAGACAAGCAGUGCAUUAAUUAUAUCUGUAAUAUAAUGGAGAAUAACAGAGAGACUGACUUGAUAUCUGUCGUCUCAGUUAGCCACUUGUGUAGUGUACUGUAUGUAGUUAACUGUAGGGAGUGUAGUUAAGUUAGUGUAAAUGUUAUAUAAGUCAACACAUUUUAUUGACCAUCUAGUAAGAGAUGGAAACUGUAUCCUGUGUAAAGUAGUUAAGGGAAAGUUUACUCUGGUAUAAGACUGAGAUGAGAUAUUUUUUAAAAAAUUGUCGUGUAACGUUAUGGGUUUUAUCACAGGUUUGUCGGUCAUGGAGGCUGCUAAGAAUUUGUCUUAUAUAUACUGUACUGCAUAUGCAAAUUAAGGAUAUGAGCAAGUGUGUUUGUGCAUGUGUGAGUGUAUGUGUGUGUGUCUGUACAGUAAGUCCUCGCGUAACGUCGUGGUUCCGUUCCUGAAAACCGUGACGUCAACAGAAACAAUGUUAACUGAAUCAAUUUUCCCCAUAAGAAAUAGAUAAAAUACAGGAGUUACGUUCCUGAGCCUCCCUUUGCCCCAUAAAAUACAUUACAUAUACAGAACAUAAAUUCAAUGGAAUUUUUAUAGAAAAUUGUAUAUAUUAUAUGUCCGAAAAGAUAAAUAAACUUAAUAAUUUUGUAUUGUACUCACUGAUGGGCGGAGGUGGAGCGAGUGUGUGGUGGGUAGUGGAGACAAGAUAUGAUAAUAACCUUGUCAUAUGAAUGUGUUGAGUAGAUUAUCAGGCAGGAUGGUAUUAUUAAGUUGAAAGGUGAUAUGGGUCACUUAACCUCAUCCUCACCAUGAAGAAUAAUAAUAUGGUGUUUAAUCAGUCUUGGGUGUGUUGUGUCCAGCACCUACCCUAGUACUAAGUCACUACCGGGUAUGGUAUUGACGGUAGAAUCGGUAGGUACGUAAUCUCUUAGUGUCUCCCGGCUCUACGCGUUAUAAGCUUCAUUAUAUACACCUGUUAAAUUUACUGUAGACUGAAGGAUAAAAUUCCAUCGAUAUAUUUUAUAACGUCCGGCGUCUACACAAGGGUAAUGGGGGACUAGAAUUCUUUUAUAAUUAUUUACUCGGAUAUUUUUUUUUAAAUUGUGGUUUGGUUUGUGUUACGCCGACGUGAUCUAUAAUGGAAAGGAAACAUCACUCGCUUUACAUCUGUCUUAUGACCUUCAAUAUAAAUAUCUUUUAAUUUCUAAUACAUAUGAAGUCAUGAUGUGAAUGAAAUGAUGAAUGAAUGAUUGUAUGUAAAUGAAAAACAAAUCAAUUAAAGGUUUUGAAUGAAGGUUUCUUGUGAUAUAUGUAUAAAGUACUAUAUACAGUAUACAUACAUUCUUAUUGACAUCAAAAGUGUGUAGAUUGUGUGAUUAUUACUGUAACAGAAUUAGGUUUUAGAUGUUGAGAAAUUUGUUACCUUGGCUGGCUUGAGAGAUAAAAAGUGACAGCUGAGACAAUACAUAAGAGAGAGAAAGAGAGAGAGAGAGAUAAUAGUGCAAAUAACCCGGCCAAUUGAAACCUUUAAAAGAAAAUGACACUAACAUCCACUCGUGUAAUGAGACUUAAAUUUCCCCAGCACCUUUGGCGUCGGUCUUUUGUCUUCCAUUGAAUGAGCGUCACAUAUCAACAUUAUUUUUGUAUAAUGUCACAACCAGCGUCUCGGGGAUGCACCUUUGGGGGAGAGGAGAGGAGAGGAUGGGAAGGAGUACUCUGUUCCGCCAUUAUUUAUUCAGGUAUAAUAUAUUGAUUGAUACUCAAAAUCUCCCUGAAAUCUGAAGGUAGGAAGUAGAAUUGGAUAUAAGAUGUUCUGUCUUUAUUAAAUGCAGUAUACCUGGAUGCAUCUCAGGUCACUGUAUAGAACAGGUGUGUGUCAUUACUUAUUGAUCAGCUCCUUCCUUACUGCAUGCUCUUUUAAGUCUAUAUAACGUGAACUUUUACUGUAAUGCUAAAUGUGCUUGAUGCUGUCUCAGUCACAUUGUAAGGAAGGGAUUAAGAACUCAAGUACAAUAUACCAGUAAAAAACAAAGUACAAGGGGUUCUAAUCUCUUUUAUGUACUGUGUGUAAUUUGGUUGCUGGAUCCAAUAACCCCCCUUGUGUAUUGGGUCUUCUCUGUGUUGUGUAAAAGCGUCUGGCGUCACCCACAUCAAGUAUAAGAUGCGACGUCCAGUAGUGGUGGGGUUAAUAAUUUGGUGUGGUCUUGUGGUCUUGAUAGGAGUAGAACAGAUAACUUGACCUCAGAUCCAUAGUUAGAAUUUUGAUGUUGCAGUAUAGGAGAAACAUUCAUAGAUGCCUUUUCUUUUUUUUCUUUUAUCAUACUGCCUAACCACUUGAUAAAUUGAUGAUAAUUAAGGUACUUGUAGUAAGGUUAAAAUUUAUAAAUUCUUCCAAAGUUGUAGAGAAUAUGUAACAAAAGGUGUAAAUAUCUUCGAUUAUGAUAUUAAGAUUUUCAGGGUCAAUGCUGGGUUGAUUGUAAUGAGAGGGGUAUGCCAAACAGGUACCUUAGAGCCUUGUUGAGAGCACUAUGGAGAACCACUGGCAGUAUCCUAAAGGUAAAGGCUAAUGGCAGUCAGAUUUUGUUGAGAAAGCAGGUACAGUCGGUGCCCAUUUAACACACACACGCACACACAUGAUGUAUUCCUGAAAACCCAUACGUCAAGUGAGUUAAACGAGUGCUGACUGUACAGAAUGUUAUUAUUACCGAGCGUAUUAACCUGUUGAGUACCUGAAUUAGAGGAAGCGAUGGCCAGUGUGAUUUCAUGUUGGUGUAUGUUCAUGUAGAGAGCUCAGAGAGGUAUGUAAAGAGGAUAGGUGGAGAUGAAGAGGUCCUGGGCUCCCUCUUUGGCAUUUAUCAUGAAACACAUACAGUACAUGACCAAGUACACAGAGUUGUCAGGGUAAUGAAGUAAAACAAGUUAUAACUAAAUAUUUCUUCUCUUAUUAGACAAAUGAAGAACUCUGGGACAAAAUAUAACCAGUCUAGAUGCUUAUUGUCUUUGGCAGUUUGACUUGUACUAGAUCACAAUGAAAACCUGUACAGUAUAUUGAGUUUAUUUUGCCCUGCAUUAUUUUUCUCAGUAGCCAAUGAAGGAUUAUGAGUUUGUAUUCUUGUAUAAUGAUAUUAGAAGUGAAAUAUAUUGUGAAAUAACCUUGAAAUAUAGCAACAGGAUGAUAGAUUUAAAGGUAAUAAAUGCAAAAGGCAGAGCAACAAUGGAAUUUAACACGGCCAUCUUAGUUAAAAAUCCAUCAGUUAACAUAAGUCAUUUCCAACUUCAAUUCAGGUUUAGUCACUUGUGAAUUAUUAUUACAGUCCUUAAUUAUUUAAAUGACUACAAAUACACGCAGGACAUUACGGUGAGGUGACUAUUUUGUAGUCAACAGAGAACAUGACCUCAUUAUCCUGUGUGUUAAGGCUCACUAAUAAUAAGAAAUGAAUCACAAACUCACUCACAGCUGAACUAUGACCUAAUGUAAUCAGAAAAACCUUAAUUGUUAAUAUGGUCUUAAAAUGCUUAUUGUGGGUUUAUUUCAUUGGAAUUUAUUUUAUUUUAUCUUGACUGUACUGUACUAACCUAACCUAAUAUAACAUGAGCUGACCUAACCUAUUGUAACAU